AUGACAAGCCGGCAACAGUGCCUCGACCAGCCGGCAACAGUGCCUCGACCAGCCGGCAACAGUGCCUCGACCAGCCGGCAACGGAGCCUGGACCAGCCGGCAACGGAGCCUGGACCAGCCGGCAACGGAGCCUGGACCAGCCGGCAACGGAGCCUGGACCAGCCGGCAACGGAGCCUGGACCAGCCGGCAACGGAGCCUGGACCAGCCGGCAACGGAGCCUGGACCAGCCGGCAACGGAGCCUGGACCAGCCGGCAACGGAGCCUGGACCAGCCGGCAAGAGAGCCUGGACCAGCCGGCAAGAGAGCCUGGACCAGCCGGCAAGAGAGCCUGGACCAGCCGGCAAGAGAGCCUGGACCAGCCGGCAAGAGAGCCUGGACCAGCCGGCAACAGAGCCUGGACCAGCCGGCAACGGAGCCUGGACCAGCCGGCAACGGAGCCUGGACCAGCCGGCAACGGAGCCUGGACCAGCCGGCAACGGAGCCUGGACCAGCCGGCAACGGAGCCUGGACCAGCCGGCAACGGAGCCUGGACCUGGACCACCUGGACCAGCCGGCAAGAGAGCCUGGACCAGCCGGCAAGAGAGCCUGGACCAGCCGGCAAGAGAGCCUGGACCAGCCGGCAAGAGAGCCUGGACCAGCCGGCAAGAGAGCCUGGACCAGCCGGCAAGAGAGCCUGGACCAGCCGGCAAGAGAGCCUGGACCAGCCGGCAAGAGAGCCUGGAGGACAAGAGGACGCCGCCAGGAGCCAGCAAGCCGCCCUCACACUGCCACAACCAGUCAUUCAAUUUACAUGA